UCAACACCUGCCGGAUCAAUCAAAAUGUUUUCUUCACCUGUGCUAAGUUGCUUUCUUAUUCUUGCAAUUAUUGCUCUGACAUAUCCAGCUAUAGCUAUGGCUGAAGGUCAAAGCAAAGUCGAAAUAAUUGCUGUCGAUGAUAUUUCCAAAUUUAAGAAUAUUCCACAUGGAGCUGCAUUAAUACCUUUAAGAGGCCAACAAACUAGAGGAUCAUUUAGUUAUACUGUUGGACAACGUGUUUCAAAUGAUAGAAUAGUUUCUCAAGGAGCUGAUUCAACUACAUGGAAUUCACCACAAAAUGUUCGACUAAAUUUGCAAUAUCCUGCAAAUGGAAUUGGGGCAAAAAUAACUUUUGUCAAAAUCGAUGUUAUACAAGGAUCAGAACAAGGACAAGCAUAUAUUGUGUCAGGUGGAAUAGGACAGACAACUAUUGUGAUUGCUGUGGAAGCUUACAAUGUUCGAAACUUUAGCUAUGCUUACAAUAUUUGGGGAAUGUAGUGGAUAAGAAAAAAAACAAUAAAUCA